AUGACAGACUAUUUCCGCAGGUGCGAGGACGGCCAUCGGUGUGAGAAUGGAUCCUUUUGCAAGGAAGACCCCAAUCAAGAAGGAUCUUUUUAUUGUGAUUGUUCCACGGCUGUGGGAGGAAACUUUGCUGGCCUGUAUUGCGAAUAUGAGGCUCAAACGGAAUGUAAAUUUGCUUCCGAUGUAGAGGCCUCCUGGUUCUGCGUCAAUCUCGGUGAAUGUAAAGUAGUGGACAACUAUUGGACUUGUCAAUGUAACAAUAAUUUCGACGGACCGCACUGUGAAUUCAUCAACGGUGCAGUCCCCGAAGACUGGCCUAUUGCCACAAGAAGCAAUGUCAUAGCUAGAUCACCAGAAGAUGGAAUGGGAGGUGGAGCAAUAGCUGGGAUUGUCAUUGCAAUUCUGGUCAUCUUUGCGGUAGUUAGCUACGUCGUUUACAAGAAACGAAAGGGAGAAGACUUGUAUCCCCGCAAAGAAUCUGCUGGCCAGAAUGCUCCAAGGGAUCAAAGUGAAGCUUUGGCGAUUGAUGCGGAUGGUUCUGUAUUGAGAGAAUCUGUCAAGGCCAUGUCGGGUAAGGUUGACGAAAACGGAUUCCCUGUGUUGGCAUCCACUCCGGAAAACGGUGCAGUGAAAAAUCACUCGAAUGGACAUUCCAACGGACACUCCAAUGGCGAUCAAGUUUCGGGCCACUUACUUUAA